UUAUUUGCUUCUUCCUUCCCUUUCUUCUUCUCUUUCCCCUUUUAUUUCUUUACUACCAUGAGCAGCAAUGGUGGCGGCGGAUGCGGUGGUGUAUCUGAAGGGUCAAGAGUUUCGAUCCCCGAUAAUGCAAAGAAAACGAUCCAAAGCAUAAGGGAGAUCACAGGGAAACAACACGGCGAUGAAGAAAUCUAUUCAAUUCUCAAAGAGUGCUUUAUGGAUCCCAAUGAAACUGCCCAAAAGCUUCUUUAUAUGGAUACAUUUCAUGAUGUGAAAAGAAAGCGUGACAAGAAAAAGGAGGCAGCUGGUACACAAGAACGAAGGGGACAGGGCAGUCGAGGGAACUAUUAUUCAUCACCUAGUAAAGUUAUUGGAGGUGGAAGAAAUUCAUUUGCUAAGAGAGGGUAUGGGGUUAAUCGUUCCACAGAUAGAGGUUCUAUGCCUUCCCAAGUAUCUCAGAAAGUGAAAAAUAACACACCACCUUACAUGAAAAAAACAUCAACUGCCAUACUCAAUGGUACUACUAGUUUACCAAAUGGGAACUCCAGUCAUGGACAUGGACCCCAAUUAUCCGUUGGCAGUAUAAUUAGUGAAAGUAAAGGUGGCUUACAUCUAAACAAGACAUCAAAUAUUUCAGAGCAAACAGUUGUCAGAGAACCUCCUGCACCCAUUCCUUCUCAGUCCUUUUGCUCUGUGAUUAAAAGUCAAGAGAAGUCUGCAUCAAAUUUGAAUGCCUUAUCGACUUCUAGAACUUCGCCAAUUCUCUCUGUUGACAAUUUAUCUGCUUCAGAUCCUGGGUUGGCAUCAACCGUCUCGCAGCAUGCUUGUGCUGUGAGUACCGUAAACCAUGAAGUUGGAAACCAACAGGAAGCUACUGAAUUAAACCAUAUUCAAGGAAGCAAACUUGUUUCCUGUGGUAAUGAUGUAUCUAAUACUGAGAAGAUGGUGUCUGAGGUUCCAAUCUCAAUGCAAGGAAAGGAGGAAACCAGAAAAUCAAAUGAUUCUGAACAGUUUAAGCAACCCAAGCCUGUAGAGCAAGUCGUCGCAUCUGAGGUUACAACCAUCGCUGGUAAAGCCAGUUUUCAAUUUCCCGCUGAUUCAAAUGUCUGCAAUGGUCAACAUGUUACUUUUCCAACCCACUUCCAAGUUUCUGAAGCAUUGAAGAAUGGCUUAACUUUUGGAAGCUUUGAUGCUAGUUUUGGACAUGUAUCAAAACCCACUAAUGUCUCUAAUUUAGAGAUUAAUUCUGCAAGGCCUGUUGAAACUUCUCAGGGUGUUGACGGUGCUGCUGGAGAGCCUGCUUCUAGCCAUGGUAUAUUACCAGCUGUGGAAGGGGACAACACUGAUCAACAAGAAGCUCCUCCUGAGUUUGAGAAAGUGCCCGAAUCAGAUUGCAAUGUAUCAUCUGAUGCUGACUUGAAAGUUGAUCAGUCCAAUCAAGAAAUGCAUCUGCACCCAGAGAGUAAUCAGAGUGUCAUUCCAAAUGUUCCAAGCUAUGGGCUAAGUUUCAUGCCAGCAUCGGCAGCCCACCAUGCACAGUUUGAUGGACCUGAUGCAAGGAACCAUGAUGUUUCUCGUCUGACAAACCUUGUUGGUGGUUCACCAGCUCCAUCUGGCAGUUCAACUCCACCUAUACAGAGUUCUGUUGCUGCAGCCCCACAGGCAGUUCAUCUUUUCCGACAGCCAUUUCUACCUAAUUACUUCCCUUAUCCCCACUAUCUUUCACCCUUUUAUAUGCAUCCAAUGCAUCAGUUUCUAAGCCCCACUGGGCUUCCUCAGCAACCUUCAACUGGCAAUGUAUACAUGCCUCCUGGAGCAACUCCACCUGAGGUUAAAUUCCCUCUACCACAGUUCAAGCCUGGAACUCAUGCAGGAAAUCCAGCUCACCUCACAAUUCCAUGCUAUGUUCCAUUGACUUCCCCACCUAUUGGUUUCAAUUUACGUGUUCCAUCAGUGACUUCUGCAAGCUCUAGCAGCAAGGACGAUAUUGCAGCAUUGCAGUUGAAGGAAAAUCACAUAUGCACAACUGGACCGCUGAAUGAAGGUUCAGCUCUCUGGAUGCCUGCACCAGGGCAAGAUCUAUCCAACUUGCCGGUUAAUUCUUUAUUCAACCUUUCCCUUCAUGGCCAACAGCUUCCUUACUCUCCUGCACAAGCUGGUCAUGGUGCUUUUGCUGGGCUUUAUCUGCCGCCUCCACAAACGAUGGCAGCUCCUUCCAACGUUAACACCCUACUACAACAGUCUCAAUCCAUGGCUGCUGCUGUCAGAACUGUAGCCCCAACGGGCACUUAUCAGCAGCCUCAACUUGCACAGGUAAACUGGAAAACUAAUUACUGAACCAUUAAAAGUAUUACGAUGAUGCAAUCUAGAAGAAAACCAUUGAGGAACUCUUCAGAAGGUAAAAAACUGAAACUCUGGCCUACUCUUGGAAUGUAUAUGUGAAAGGCAUCUCAGACAUUAGAGUUGAUGUGUGGUGGGGAAAAUAUAUUUGUUGCUGACUUUGUGUUGGCUUUUCGUCCCCGCCAUUUGUGUUUGUUCUGGGCAGAAAACUCUGUUCGUUGUUCAAUUGGGACUCUUAUUAUUGUCGUAAGAGAACUCUAGGAAUUGAAGAGGUCAAAUAGAUUUUUGAAUUAGGUGGGAUUUUGCCAAUUUUCCUUCUCUCUUUGAUAUUGUCUCACCUGUAUAUUAAAUUUUGAAUUAAAUAGUGAGGAAACGAUAAUAUAAAGCUGUAAUUGGUAUAUGAGAA